AUGAAAUGGCUUGGAUUACUUAUAAUAUUUAAGAUAGUUUUUUGCAGAUUUCUUGAUGUUGAUAUCAAUUAAAGCACUACAAUUCAAAAUAAUGUGAUGAAUUGCGUUUAAAGGCAAUGUAUUUAUCAAGAUGAUGAUUUAAUUAAUAUUUGUUAAGGAUUCGAUUAUUGUGCAAACACAAUCUGCGAACCAAUGCUGUAAAUAGAUAACUUUAAAAAUUACUAAAAAUGUAAUUAAGAUUGUCUAAACCCUGUCAUUUAAGGACUCUCAGAAAGUGACAAAGAAGUUGUCUCUGGCUACUAUAAUUGUAGAAUUCAGUGCACAAAACAAGUAAUUUAAAACCUCUAAAGCAGCUAGAAUGGAGAUUAAAGUAAUAAUGAUGAGAUGAAAAUAGAAGCUAUUUUUGUUUCGAUAAGUAUUUUUGUUGCUCUAGCGCUAGGAGUUGCAAUGUACAUUUGGUGCUCUAUUUAUCACAGAAGGAGACAAGAAGUAAUAAUAAUACCUGGCCAAAUUCAUCCUAGCUAGGAAUAAAAUCCUGCUCAAAAUGCUGACCAUUAAGAUGUACUUUAGUCUCGUAUCACUGAUCCUGAUAAAAUAUUUGUUGUAGAAGGUUCGGCUAUCCUUCACUAGAAUCAAAAAAUAAUUCCUAAAUUUGGGCUUAAAAUUCCUUAAGGCUUGGUAGUAGGAACUUAAUUAAAUUAGCAAGGUAAUUAAUCAGAUCAAAGCAAAUCUGUAAGCUUAUAGAUUGUUGAUACAACAUUAAUUGAAUUAAAUUAAUUAUCUGUCUAUAACAAUUUAAGUAUUGUAGACAAUGGAAAUGAUUUUAACAAUAAUCUGAUUAAUAAUUCAUUUGUAAACAGCAGUUCAAUAGGUAAUUUAGAAAAUAAUGAUACAUAAUCUCAAUAAAGAGAUCAAGAAAAUAAUAAUUAACAAAUUAAUGGAGAUUAAGAUUAGUAAAGUGUAAUUUCUAGUAUUAAUAAUGAUGCCAUUAGUAACAUUAAUAAUAAUCCUCUUAGGUCAAAUCAGCAAUCUAAUAAUUUAGAUGCUUCCUAAUAGAAUUAAAAUAAUAAUAGGUCUCCUUUUAUUAUGACUAAUCACUCACCUUUUAUUAUUGCUGAUAGAUCUCCUUAUUUGCCAAAAUCAAACAAAAUAAUUCCUAUUCAUGACGUACAAAUAACUCCUAUAAUCCAUUCAAAAAAGCCAGACGUAGAAUCAACAAACAAGGAAAAUUCUUUAGAAAUAAAUUCAAAAAACAAGAAUUUAGACAAUAAUUUAGAUGAUUAUAAGUUAGAUCUUGAAAGUAAUAUCAAAUCUUUAGUAGAAAAUGAUGGCAUAUUUCAAAGCGAAAAAAUAAAGCCAAAGAACCUUUUAGGAGCAGAGUUUAUUAAAAGAUCUUCUAAAUCAUCUUCCAAAAGACACUCACAUAGAAAUUCUAUUUUAGCCAAUUUAGAAAAUAGAGCAAUUUAAAACAAAAGAAAAUCAACUCAAUUUACUGACUCAACUGAGGCAAAGCCUGAUGAAAAAGAAUAAAGCAAAAGUGGGGAACAGUCAGGUGAGUCAGAAUACGAGUACUACUAUGAAACUGAAAGCAGUGGAGACUCGUCCGAUGAAGAAAAUGAGGGGCAAAAAUAAACUCAAAAUGAAGAAAACAACAAAAGGAAAAGUAAAGAUAUUCUUAAAGAUUAGAUUACCCUACAAAUUCCAGGAUGCUAAGACGAACUCCAUCUCAGUGAAGAAGAAAAACCAGCUGAGAAAAAAGAAGCAAAUAAUAUUAGUUAGGGAAGUAAUAACAAGUGUAAUGGUAGUACAGAAGAAACUAUUAUGUAAAUUUGUUCUACUUCUCAAAAUUUUGGAUAAAGCGGAUUUACAGUUAGAUGUUAUUCUCCAGAAAAAAAUAAAGAAUAGCCAAACAUUACUGAUCGCUUCAAUGAGAGCCAAAAAAUAAUGAUUGUGAAAGGUAAUAAAUAAUAGACUGAUAACAAUAACAAUAUUACUGAAAUUACUUUAUCUUGCACAGAAUCUCCUUCUAAUUAAUUUUCUCAAAGCUAAACUCUUUCUCCUGAAAUAAAUUAUUAAAUUAAAUAAUCUCCUUAAAAACUUGUCCUUAAGGCAUGCUGUGCUAACAUUGACAUCAUGCAUUAAGAAAAUAGAAAAAAAAGCUCUUCAUUAGAUCUAAAUCCAAGUCCUAAAGAGAAAAAAUAAUAAAUAAAUGAAGCAAUAUGA